AUGAAUGGUGAUAUUCAAUUUGAUAAUAUCAACUUUGCCUAUCCAGCUCGACCUGAUGUCUUAGUCCUACGAAAUCUCACUUUGACGGCUCGUCCUGGUGAGAUAACAGCUUUAGUCGGUUCAAAUGGCUCUGGUAAGAGCACAUGCUUUUCACUUUUACUUCGUUUUUAUGAGCCUCUAUCUGGUGGCAUUACAAUUAAUGAUCGAUCGAUAACAGAUUACAAUUUGAAACAACUCCGACAAAAGAUUGGUGUAGUCAGUCAAGAACCUAUUCUUUUCGCUACAAGUAUUUAUGAAAAUAUUCGCUUUGGUAAAGAAAAUGCAACAAGAAUCGAGAUCGAAGAAGCAGCACGUCAAGCUAAUGCACAUGAUUUCAUUAUGAAAUUACCCAAUAAAUAUGAUACAGUCGUUGGUGAACAUGGUGUUCUAUUGAGUGGAGGUGAAAAGCAACGUGUGUGUUUGGCUCGUGCUCUCGUCAAACAGCCAGUGGUGCUUUUGUUGGACGAAGCAACAAGUGCUCUUGAUAAAGCUAGUGAAAAGGUUGUCCAAGAAGCACUCGAUCGAGCUUGUAAAGUUGCAUUUAAAUUAAAAAAAUAUUCAUUUGACAAAGAAAAAUGUUUUUUUCCUUCUUUUAAUGAUCUUCAUAUGGCUUCAUAUUGUUCAUCAAUGAUAGAUUCAUUUCAAGCUCGUUAUGAUUUAUUCUGUAUUAUAGAUCCUCGUGGUACUACAUAG